CCUUUAUACACUGAGCCUUCUUGUUGUCCCCGUGGAGUAUUUUUAAAUAGUUUGCUAUUUUAUUGAAUCUAAAGUCAGUGAAUACUCAACAAUACCUUGAACCGAGAAGGGCUGUACUUCCAUCAGAGUUUUCUUUUUGUAGGACUUAAAAAUACUUUAUUGUUUUCUGUAAGCAUGCAAAAUAAUGGAUUCCUUUCUGAUGUUCUCAUGCCUGCACAGUGUUCUACUCCUCCCCACCCACACCACCUUUCCUUGGCUCCCUGCUCAACACUUCUCCCCUUUCAUACCCCCAAGCAUUCCCCUAUAAUAUUUUAAAAUCUAGAUUCCACAUAGAAAAUAUAACAAAACAUUCGCCUUUCCAUUCUUUUUUCCUCUUCCAUUAGUCUGUUCUCCUUAUAUACAGUCCUCCUUAUACUUUCAUAUCGAAAAAUCUAGGAAAAUUUUGAUUAAAUCUUAAAUCGAGAUUCUCGUGUGAGGAAAAGCAUGCAAUAUUUACCUUGUGGGUCUGGCUUGUUUCAUUUAGCAAGAUUAAAAACACUGCCUUUUUUAUUGUUGUUGUUGUUGUUGUUUCCUUUCAGAGAUCAGAGAAGGAGACGAUGACAGGCAGGUGGUUGCAGAGAUCAUGGCAAGAAGUUUUAUUCCAUCUUUGAUAACAACUGUUUCUUGGGAAGGCUUUCGCUUUGCUGGUCAUGAAAUUCGGAUCACUGAAGCCAAAGAUUGUUAUGGUGCUGUUGUCUGGCCAUCGGCCCUAGUUCUCUGCUAUUUCCUGGAAACACAUACCAAGCAAUAUAACAUGGUUGAUAAAAAUGUGAUUGAAAUUGGAGCUGGGACAGGGCUUGUCUCUAUUGUGGCAAGUUUACUUGGUGCUCGAGUGACUGCUACAGACUUACCUGAAUUACUUGGAAACCUGCAAUACAAUAUUUCCAGAAACACCAAAAUGAAAUGCAAGCAUUUGCCUCAGGUUAAAGAGCUGUCCUGGGGAGUGGCAUUAGACAGGGACUUCCCCAGGUCUGCCGCGAGCUUCGACUACAUCCUGGCGGCCGAUGUCGUCUAUGCCCAUCCUUUCCUGGAGGAGCUUCUCGUGACCUUCGACCAUCUCUGCAGAGAGAGCACCGUCAUCCUCUGGGCCAUGAGAUUCAGGCUGGAGAAGGAAAAUAGAUUUGUAGAUAGAUUUAAGGAACUGUUUGACCUAGAGGAACUCUCUAGUUUCCCUAGCCUGAACAUUAAGUUGUACAAAGCUAUGAAGAAAAAUCGCAGGAGUGCAUAGUGUGUAUGGUCUGUGAAUUAGGGCAUGGUUAUGCCAAGGUAGUUUCUAGAAGAUCAUUGCUUUAAAGAAAACACACAUGUGCACACACACCACUAUAAGAAUACAAGUUAAGUCUGAACUUGCCUUAUUAUAGGCAAGGAAUUUUACACACACACAAUAGGUGCAUCUAUAGGACUAAGACAAUUUAUUCCCAAGCCUGUCUGCUCAGCACUCUCAUUACGUGGUAACAAACUUUCAGUAAAAGUGUCAUCAUUGCAAAAUAGUGAUUUUCAAUAAUGAUGUCUCUAACUGAAUGUUAUAACUUUAUUUCUUUUUGAAAAUGUACCUUAAAUUGGCCUUGAACUUGAGAUCCUGCCUCAGUCUCCUGAGAGCUAGCAUUCCAGGUAUGUACCACCAUACCCAUCCAUGAUGUUAAUCCUUUUAAAUAUAGGCUUAAAUGAUUAUAUUUUUAGACGUUAAGAAACCGACAUAGUGCGAUGUGCACGUAAAUCUAAAAGGGCAGAUAUAUGAUACAAGGGUCAGUGCUAGAUGUCUGUGGUUCCCACCAAUGUCAGCUUAGGGGGGACUGUCAUUUCCCUUGGCAGUUUGGACCUCUUAACAUAGCCUUUGAAUCAACCAAGCAUGUGGAACAUUUCCCUCUAACAGAUAAAAUAAAUGAAUGGAAAGAGCAUAAGAAUGCCCGAGAUUACUGUUUGUUUUUAUAAACUAAGUAAAAUUUAUUUUUUCACAGAAAUGGAAAUAAUUAUAAAAACUUUGGGUUGGAAGUACAGCAAAAGAUUUAGGCUCCUAAUCUCAAAUAAGUAGUCAUGGUUUAAACAGAUAUACAUAGAUAUUUGUAUCUAAGAGUUUUUCAUGUGGGCCUUAGAGAUUAGAAUAAGGUUUAAAGUAAAGUCAGGUCAGGUGGUGGUGGCACAUGCCUUUAAUCCCAGCACUCAUGAGACAGAGGCAGGCAGACAUUUGUGGGUUCGAGGCCAGCCUGAUCUACAAGUGUGAGUUUCAGGACAGGCUCCAUAUCUACAGAGAAAUCCCUUAAAGUCAGUGUGGAAAGAGUAAAGAAUUAGGCCUUUUUGUCAUGUGGCUGUCUGGACUGUGUUGCUGGUAACACACUGCAGUAUCCUCAGCUAUGCGGGAGAAUUGUCUGUAUUCUGUCAAUCAUGUUUUAAAUAAACGCUGAUUGGCCAGGCAGGAGGUGU